AUGAAUAUUGCCCGUCUUUACCUUCGCGUCAGCACCGAUGAACAAGAUCUUGCUCUCCAAGAUGAAAUUGAAAUCAAAGUGCGAGCAGCAGGGUAUUAUGUUGCUGGAGUCUAUCGAGAAAAAGCAUCUGGGGCCAGAGCUGAUCGACCUGAACUGUUGCGAAUGAUCCACGACCUUCAACCCAAUGAUGUUGUGAUAGCUGAAAAAAUGGAUCGUAUCAGUCGUUUGCCAUUGGUCGAAGCCGAACAACUCAUCAACUCGAUUCGCUCCAAAGGAGCUCGCUUAGCAAUACCUGGUCUCGUAGAUUUAUCAGACCUUGCUGCGACAUCGGACAGCGUGACCAAAAUUGUACUUGAGUCAGUACAAGAGCUCUUACUCAAAAUUGCACUACAAAUGGCGCGUGACGAUUACGAAAUACGUCGUGAGCGUCAACGGCAAGGCGUGAAAAUUGCAAAAGUAUCAGGUAAAUACGUUGGACGUAAACCUAACAAAUCCAUUCAUCAGCGCAUCAUCACAUUGCGCAAAGCUCAUCAAACUAUCAAGCAAACUGCUGAACUGUCUGGUUGUAGCGAGAGUCAAGUUAAGCGGAUAUGGGCAAUCUAUCAGUUGAGUUUGAAAACUGGUGAAUAA